AUGCCCGUCUUCACGGUGGAGACGACGCUGCCGGCGCCACCCCCAGAACCGCAGAACGCCACAGCCGGUGUGGCCUUCCUCCACGUCCCUUCCCAUGUUGUGCUCGGGUGGGGAGAGCGUGACUUCUUGAUCGUGUUCGGUAUCCCAUCGGUGGAUCUGGAUGAACGGCGUAGGCGCCGCGACUUGCAGCGUUCGACAUGCUGGCAGUUCCCUGGUGUGGCGACGCGGAGGAAUAACUUCAGUGGUGCGAUGCUGGUGUUGUACGUGCUUGCGCAGCACCCGUUGCACAACUACACAUACUCAGCGGAAGCGCUGAAGGAGGUGGCGGAGUGGCACGAUGUUGUUACGCUGGCGAUGAAUGAAGGAAGCCCCACAACAACCAAGAGGGUCGGUGGUCGCGGCUUCUGGGGCAACGAGGCGGAAAUUGGAAUGAGCCGUAAGACUUUUAUGUGGUUUGACCUGGCGUACCGCAUGUUUCCGAAUGUGAGCUACAUUGCGAAAGGCGAUGACGACAUGUUCAUCCGUGUGCCGCAGUACCUUGCUGACCUGCGCUCGCUGCCGCGUCAUGGGCUGUAUUGGGGGUUCUUUGUGCGCUCAACGGUGCAAAGAGGCGAAACUAAGUUCAGGUUUCGGUACGCUGCGGGAACGUGCAUGACACUGGCGAGGGAUGUGGUGCACCAGUUUGUGUCAUAUAAGCCGCUGCAGCGUCUGGUGCAUCUGCCGUACAGCAGGGAGCGCGAGGCGGAGUUCUUCUCGCUCAAUAUGAACCACGAGGACAUGAUGGUGGGCCGUGUGCUGGCUGAAACGAGGUAUCCGAAUCUGGUGGUGGCCUUGGAGGGGUGGUGUCGUUUUCAUAACGUGCACGUGGGUAUUCCAAUCCGUCCAGUAACGCAAUAUUCCGUCGUGGUGCACCAUCUGUGGGAGAGCGAGUACAGUAUGUUUAUGAGGCGCUUCGGGAAGGAUGUCGCCCCUGGUCCUUAUCGUUUUAGGCGGAAUAGAAAAGGGCUGAUUAGGUUUAUAUGUGAUCGUCGGCAUCUGAGGUAA